UACGUCAGAAAAAAGGUCAAAUCAGCUGUUGCUUCGAAUUUUUACUUUAUUAUCUUGUUAUUACGAUGAAAUAAUUAUUACAAAAGGUUUGUUCGCGAUUUUAUGAACUAUACAGAGUAUCCUGUUGCAAUAAAACGUUCCGAUUACUGGUGUAAAAUGUCGUGAUAACGAUUCCAUCAUCAGUUGUUUGCCCGUUUAUAGAUUUCCAACUUGAACGAUGAAAUCGCGUAAAAAAAUAUUUGUCAUCAUCCCUACUGUCGAAGUGCUUUGGACUUGAUCGAAGUGAUUGGUGAUAUUGGCCGAAUAUAAUCAAAAUGCCUAUACAAACGCCGCAGUGGACCGAUUUCCUUAUAUGUCCGGUGUGUUGCAACGAAUAUGAUUACCUUCAUAAUCCAAUUAGUCUCGCUUGUGGCCAUACAGUUUGCAAACUAUGUUUGUCCAAGUUGCAAAUCAAACAGUGUCCGUUUGAUCAAACGGCUAUUACCAUCGAUUUAAAUGACUUACCAGUCAAUUACGCGCUAUUACAGUUGGUAUCUUCGACAGUGUACAACUUACCGGAAAAGAAUCAAACUCAAAUGAAAUUACAAAGUAAAGUAAAACUCAAUCCAGAUGAUACGCAUCAUUAUGCCAAAGCUUUAAAACGCAUCGAAGAUAUUGCAUUGUAUUUAAAACCUUUUUCAUCAGUCUUGAGCACUUCUGGCGCAGUUAAUGUUUUGUCUCGUCCAAUGCAACGUAAACUAGUGAUGUUGAUCAAUUGUCAAUUAUUAGAAGAAGAAGGUAGAAUUAGAGCUUUGAAAGCAGCUCGUUCUUUAGGCGAACGAACCGUUACAGAGUUAAUUAUACAGCAUCAAAAUCCGCAACAGCUAUCGACCAAUUUAUGGGCUGCAGUGAGAGCUCGAGGAUGUCAAUUUUUGGGACCAGCCAUGCAAGAAGAAGUAUUGAAAUUAGUACUAUUGGCCUUGGAAGAUGGAUCUGCGUUAUCACGUAAAGUAUUAGUUAUGUUUGUAGUUCAAAGACUCGAACCUCAUUUCCCUCAAGCGUCCAAAACUAGCAUAGGACAUGUCGUACAAUUACUCUAUAGAGCAUCGUGUUUUGUGGUUUCGAAACGAGAAGGAGAUUCUUCGUUGAUGAAAUUGAAAGAGGAAUUUCGAACGUAUGAUGCGUUACGUCGAGAACACGAUGCUCAGAUUGUUGAAAUAGCUACUGAAGCUGGUCUUCGAAUAGCCCCCGAUCAAUGGUCUGCUCUCCUGUAUGGCGAUACGGCUCAUAAAUCUCAUAUGCAAUCGAUCAUAGAUAAAUUACAAAAUCCUCAGUCAUUCGCUCAGUCUGUUCAAGAACUCGUUAUAGCUUUACAAAGAACCGGAGAUCCGGGUAAUUUGUGUGUGCUAAGGCCUCAUUUGGAGUACUUAGCCGAUAUAGAUGUUAAUUCCGAUUUCGGUAAUCGAAUUUGGUCUACGGUAUCAACAGCUUUAGAAGCUGCUCUAACAGUCGUAUCUGGAUUAGUUAAUUUCAUCAAGACUCACGGAUGUCGUAAAAUGAACAACGAUCCCGCUAAUAAUAUUUCGGUGCAUGCUUCGAAGUAUAAAAUCAGCCUCUGCAGAGAUCUAGCUCUAAAAGGGCUAUGUCCCAGAGGUAUCAGCUGUACUUUUGCCCAUUCCGAAGAAGAAUUAGUAAAGUAUCGUUCCAAGCAUAGAAAAUUCCAACGUAAAGAAAACGAAAACAUGUUACCGUUUGUGAAAAGCACAAACAACAAUAGCGCUGCCAUUCCUUCGAGAAGUAAGCUUCUGCGGAACCAGUCUUUUGAAAUGUGUGCAACUUCAACGUGCCCUGUUUCAGAUAUCGAUCUAAAUAUGGAAGAUUGCGGUCAAGUUUUGAAUCAAGACGUAUGCACCGAGAAAAAUGACUGCUGUUUUUGUCGACCUUGUGAAUUCCCUACUGAUUUCAAUCAGCUGACUUUAUUGCAACCUAACGAUGUCCUUAAUACCUCGCCAUUAAUGGAUUCUACUCCUUUAACUAUUAAUAAUAAUGUGAGAAAGAUAACCUCGUCUCAAUAUCUCGUUGCUAUGAAUCAAAGAAAACAACAAAUCAUUUCGGAAUUGCAACAAGUCCUGUCUGGAGUCCAGAAUCAAUAUUUUGCUGCCAAUAAUUCGGAAGUUAAUCCCAAUGUGAAUGUAUAUUGUCCUACUAGUUGUAUCCCUAAUGCGCCAUAUAUCUUGGGUAAUCCCCUUCCUCCGUCUACGAUGAGUAUGGAAAUCCAAUUACCGUCUCAAAGUGAUGGUUUGCCAUUUCAAAACCCAGUGCAGCUAAAUAAACUCGAUUUAUCUGCCGAAUUGUGCUCGUUAUCUUCGGAGCAGUCUUUUUUACCUCCUCGAUCUGUACCAUUAGAUAGAUCUGUGAAUUUGGUUCACACUUGUAAAGAUCCUUACCUUGGUGAUGGGACAGGAAAUUGGAAUAUGAAUUAUUCGAAAUUAUGUUGCAGCUGUGGUGUACCUGAGGGAACUGGUGUGAUGGCAAUUGGUGAUGCGUUUCAAUCUACCAAUCAUUACGUGGCUCCUGACGAAGUACCUGAAUCACUUUUGUUAGAAUCGGUUAAAUUGCAAGGUCAGCUGAGAGGUUUAAAGAAACAAAUCGCCGAUAUUAAGAAUUACAUGAGAAAUGAAAAUUCCACUGGAAACCCUAUCAAAGAAAAUCAAUACCAAACUACCAACGAGGACAAAACCUACGAAGAAGGAAUCGUAAACGAUCUACGUGCAUUGGAAUUACGUUUAGAAUGCGAACUCGAAGAAGAAGAAGAAAAAUUAUGGCCUACACCUAGUAAAAAGUGAAUCUAAAUUGCACUUUAUUUGCAAUUAAACUUCGAAUGCGUAAUUAAUUUAAUCGAUGUGAUGUGUGUUUAUUAUUAUUUUUUUUUAAUCGCAGAAAUUACCGUUUUUAUGUCUAUUGACCUGAAUACUACUUAUUUUUUAGGCAAUUUGAAUUUCGUACCCUGUUUAAAGGGUAACCGGGGUGUGGUAAUUGUUUAUGUGAUAUUACCGAUUUAUGUUGUGAGUUUUUUGUUCACAGUUUUGUUGACUAGGAUUUUUUUUUCGUUCUUUUUACCUUACGUAUAUAUUUUCUUUUUUUUAUUUGUGCAAAACCGAUAUUGUGAUAUUUCAAGACUAUUUCUUGAUGUGCGUUAUUUUAAAUUGUGUUACUUUUUUUACAUUUUGAAAGUGCAUUUAGGGCCUAAGAGAGAGUUUUUGAUUGGGAUUGAAAUAGAAUGAAGAGUGCCUACCUGUGCUAUUGUAUGUGCGAGAUGGUCGUUGAAUGUACUUUGUUAUGAAGAUGUAAAAAGUAUGUGUUUAUUCAUGUUGCACAUGGUUUUUCAUAUUUAGAUUAUAUUAAUCUUAUUUACAACUUUUUUUCUCUCUCUUUAGUUAUUGACCAUUAUAGGUGUUUAUGCGUAUAUACAUACUGUUUGUAGGUUACUAAUUUUUUUCUCGCUUAUUGUAUCCUUAAUGACCUUUUUUUUUCUCGUGCUUUUAAUAAACUAGUUUAUCAUUAUUGUGGCUGAA